AUGUGUGCACCCCUGGUGGGUGUGUCAUGUGUGCACCCCUGGUGGGUGUGUCAUGUGUGCACCCCUGGUGGGUGUGUCAUGUGUGCACCCCUGGUGGGUGUGUCAUGUGUGCACCCCUGGUGGGUGUGUCAUGUGUGCACCCCUGGUGGGUGUGUCAUGUGUGCACCCCUGGUGGGUGUGUCAUGUGUGCACCCCUGGUGGGUGUGUCAUGUGUGCACCCCUGGUGGUUGUGUCAUGUGUGCACCCCUGGUGGGUGUGUCAUGUGUGCACCCCUGGUGGGUGUGUCAUGUGUGCACCCCUGGUGGGUGUGUCAUGUGUGCACCCCUGGUGGGUGUGUCAUGUGUGCACCCCUGGUGGGUGUGUCAUGUGUGCACCCCUGGUGGGUGUGUCGACAUACUCUCACUCGCCCGCUCUUGUUGGACGGGCACCUCGCCCGCUCUUGUUGGACGGGCACCUCGCCCGCUCUUGUUGGACGGGCAGCGGCUGGCCACGGCCAGCAGCAAGGGCACUCUGAUUCGCGUGUUCAACACGGCGGAUGGCAUGAAACUGCACGAGGUGAGCUUUGCGCCGGGGAGUGGAGACUCAUCUGCAGCCUCGUCUUCUCCCCCAAGGCGCCCUUCCUCGGUGGUCGCUAGUCACACCUGCUCACCGCACUGCACCUUGCAUCAGACCAUUCCCUCCCCUUGCCACCCCCUCGCUGCCCCCCCCAUGGCUGGCAGUUGCGCCGGGGAGUGGAGAGUCGUCUGCAGCCUCGUCUUCUCCCCCAAGGCGCCCUUUUUGGUGGUUGCUUGUCACACCUGCUCACCGCAUUGCACCCCUCUCCUUACGUCCGCCCCCUCACGCCAGCUACGGCGGGGAGUGGAGAGAGCCGACAUAUACAGCCUCGUCUUCUCCCCCAAGGCGCCCUUCCUGGUGGCAGCAAGCAACAGAGGCACCGUGCAUGUGCUCUCACUCUCGCCCAUUCCCUCAUUUCGCCUUCCCCCCGGCUCUCCCUGGUGUGGUGGGGGAGCGGUAUCGGCACUGUCAUCGUUCGGCCUGAUGAAAGGUGGGAUGCGGGGGGUGGCCUGGGAUGGGUUGCGGGGGUGGCAUGGGAUGCUCCCGAGGGGUGGGGUGCUCAAGGGGUGGGGUGCUCAAGGGGUGGGGUGCUCAAGGGGUGGGGUGCUCAAGGAGUGGGGUGCUGGAGGGAACCACUUUGCCGUAAUCACUCCGUCCCCUGGAUACCCGUCUUACCCAUGUGUGUGUGCCCAUGCGUGUGUACAUGCACACGCGCUGCUCACUCCUCUCAUGCUACCCCCGUCUCCUGCUUCCGAUUUACUCCUCCCUUCUCCCCUCCCAGGAGUCCUCCCCAAGUACUUAAGAGACGAGCGCUCGCUGGCAUUCUACCGGUAUUUCAGUGAUGAGCGCUCGCUAGCAUUCUACCGGGUGGGCGUGCACACGCGCAUGCUCGCUGCCUUUGGUGCCGAGGCCAACACCGUCAUCGUCGUCGGCAGCACUGGCGCGUUCUACAAGCUUCAGUUUGACCCGCAAACAGGUGGUGAGAUGAGGUUGUUGGAGGCAGCAAACUUCCUUGCGACAGAAGACGAGCAGAUUUGA